AUGAGCGCGCGGCUGCCACGAGCGCUCCUGCUGCUGGCCGCGCUGAGCCGCGCCGCGGCCGCGCACAGCGCCGAGGAGGACGCGCCGCACUCCCACGAGCGAGGUCUCGGCCGGGAUCACUGGACCUAUAAAGCGCUGCGCGAGUGGGACUCGCGCUACCCGGACUGCGGCGGCGCCAUGCAGUCGCCCAUCAACAUCAACACGGCCGAGACCGUCUUCAGCCCCCAGCUGCGGCCCAUCCAGCUCGCCGGCUACAGCCUGUCCUCCAAGGAGAUGCUCAAGCUGAAGAACAACGGACACACAGUUGUGCUGGAGCUGCCCGAGCUGCUGGCCAUCGCGGGGGGCUAUGCACAGCAGUACAAGGCCGUGCAGCUGCACCUGCACUGGGGCUCUCCGUCGGGACCCGGCUCGGAGCACACCGUGGAUAACCACCGCUUCCCGGCCGAGAUCCACGUUGUCCAUUACAACACCAAGUAUGACAACUUCAAGGAGGCCAUGGUCCACCCGGAUGGCCUGGCAGUGCUGGGAGCCUUCCUGCAGGUCGGGCCCAGGGAGAACCCGUACUAUCAGCAGAUACUUGAGCACCUGUACAAGAUCGAAGGAGAAGAUGAAGAGGUCUUUGUGCCGGGGUUCAACAUCGCAGGCCUGCUCCCCGCCAACCUGAACCUCUACUUCCAGUACAACGGCUCUCUGACCACCCCUGCCUGCUACCAGACGGUGAAGUGGACAGUGUUCAACCAGACGGUGCAGCUCUCUCAGGAUCAGAUCUCGCUGCUGGUGACGACCCUGAGAGGGGACGACGACAGCCCCCUGCAGAACAAUUUCCGGGGGGUCCAGAAGCUGCACGGGCGACACGUGCUGGCCAGUUUCCAGACCGCGCUCCCCUCGGUGCAGCAGCUGCCUCCCGCUGACGGGGCUGCUGCUUGUGCUGAAAAACACAGCGGUUCGUUUCAGGCAGGGGACGUGCUGGCCGUGCUCUUCGGGGUGCUCUUCGCCGUCACGGCACUCGCCUUCCUGCUCUACAUCCACAAGCAGCGCACCCAGAAUGUCCGGCUGGACAAUCCAACCAAAUCCAAGGUCAUCUACACAGCAGCCACCACAGAGGAGAACGCGGUGUGAGCCGCGUGGCGCCGGCCCUCC